AUAAGCUGGAAAAUAUUUUUUUAAACACAAAAAAACUUUUAACUUCCAAUAAUGUGCCAUUAGGAUAAAUUGACAUGGAAACGCCAGUCCGGAGAUGCAGAAUUGUAUACUAGGUAUCCCAGAUGGCCAGAAGAGUGCAAUGGAAGCGUUUAACACAAGCCUUGGAUCGUUUCCACCAGGCUGCCUUCAGUCCGAAGUAUCUCCUGCUUACCAACAUCGGCAUCUCCGUGGGCUUGAGCAUGGUGGGUGAUAGCAUGGAACAGAGCUACGAGCGCUUCAUAGGGGAGCUUCCGGAAUGGAACCGGAUACGAACACUGCGGAUGGGCAUUUCCGGUUUUACGGUGGGCCUGGUGUGCCACUAUUGGUAUCAAUACCUGGACUACCUAUAUCCCCAGCGCACCUAUAAGAUGGUCGUAGUCAAGAUCCUGCUGGACCAGUUCAUCUGUUCGCCCUUCUACAUAGCCGUGUUUUUCCUCACCAUGGCUGUUCUGGAGGACAAUUCGUGGGAGGAGCUGAAGCAGGAGAUUAAGGACAAGGCCUUGAUCCUGUACGCUGCGGAAUGGACAGUGUGGCCGUUGGCACAGUUCAUCAACUUCCUGCUGAUUAAGCCGCAGUACAGAGUGUUUUACGAUAACACCAUUAGUCUGGGCUAUGACAUUUUCACUUCCCAAGUCAAGUAUCGCAAAAAGCCGGAGUCCAAGAACGAGUAA